CCCGCCCCGGGAUCGAUGAUGAUGAUGAUGAUGAUGAUGAUGAUGAUUUUCAACCCGAGCUAAGGAGCGUGGACGGAUUUCUGCCAAGGGCUGCGAGGCGGGCUGCUCCGGAGCCCUUCCGUCAUCCGAGGCCACGGUGCCUUCGGGGAAGGAGCGGGCAACGGCUCCGGGCGAAGCCGCCCCGGAGAAGCCGAGGCAGAAACCGGCGGCUCCCGCCUCCUUCCUAAGCGACUCUCCGAGGUGGGGUCGGAUGUGCAGCGCCGGAGGGGAGCGGCCCUGAGACCUCCCUCCGGCUGGCACGGAUGAAUCCGGAGCCGGGAGGCGUGUCCCGAGCAGGUCCCGGUGGGUGUCGAUCGGCUGUCAUGAUCUCUACAGCUCCGCUGUACAGCGGGGUGCACAACUGGACCAGCGCUGACUGCAUUCGCAUGUGCGGCAUCAACGAAGAGAGGAGAGCACCUCUUUCUGAUGAGGAUUCCAAGACGGGCGGCUGUCAGCGAGUGGGGUCCCAGGAGUUUUGUGUCAGCAGCAGCCUUUCCAAGGUGGAGCUCCCGGCAGUUGGUGGCGGCAGCAGUGCCCGAGGGGCAGGUGCAGAUGGCGGCACAAAGGAGAAACUUGGGCUCAAGUCAGAGGAGAAGCCGUCGGACGGCCAACAGAAAAUGGACCACACGGGAAACGUGGCAAAAGUUGACGGCGUCUCGGCCGCCCCCAUCGGCCCGCAAGACGGUAGAGGGCUGAAGCCUUCGGCCCCGGAAGUUCCAGAGCAGGACCGCGGCAGUAGGACCGACGGCACCCCGGCCCCGGCGGCGCCCCAAGUUGACCGGGAGGCGGACCGCUCCCUCGCCCGGGGCGAGGCGCCGGCUAGUGAGCCCUCCGGGCCAGAGGAAUUGGAUUCGGGCCCACAAGGAGCAGGGGUCCCUGUGGAUGGGGCACUGCCCGGAAUCACCCCCAGCUCGGUCCCCCCUCCCGCCCCCUCCCCGGCUCUCGCCCCCACCCCGGCCCCCGCCCCCGCCCUCGCUCCCACCCCAGCCCCCUCUCCCGCUCCCACUCCCGCCCCGAUCCCCGCCUCCUUCGGCUUGAAUCGCGUGUGUUUCCCCACAGCUCAGGUCCCCGCUAUGCAAAAAGCGCCCCUGCCCUUUCAGCCCGGGACGGUCCUCACGCCGAGCCAGCCGCUGGUCUACAUCCCGCCGCCGAGCUGCGGGCAGCCCCUGAGCGUGGCGACGCUGCCCGCCACCCUGGGCGUCUCGUCCACCCUCACGUUGCCCAUGCUGCCCUCCUACCUGCAGGAAAGGUGUCUCCCAAGUGUUCUUGCUUCCCCAGAGCUCCGCUCUUACCCUUACACUUUCUCGGUGACCAGGCCCCUGGGCUCCGAUUCCAAACUGGUCUCCGUGGAGGUGAAUCAACUCUCCCGGGCGCCACCGCCCAGCGGGCCCGCUUGCCAGCCCCCCGCCGAGAGCGGCCCGGCCCCGCCGGCCGACGGCACGUCCCCCUCGCCUUCGGCCAAGCCCCUUUCUCCCCCGCAGCCGUCCCUGCCUGGCUCGGGCGGGGGCGCCGUCCCGUCGCACCCGACCAAGGCCCCGGGCAGCUCGGAGCAGCACGGGGAGAGGGUCUCGGUGACGUUUUCCCCCCUCAAGUCACCCCCGCAACUAGAGCGGGAAAUGGUGUCCCCCGCCGAGUGCAAUGAAAUGCCCCUGGACCUCUCCUCUAAAUCCAAUCGCCAAAAGCUCCCUCCCCCAAACCAGCGCAAGACCCCUCCCAUGCCCGUGUUGACUCCCGUGCACACCAGCGGCAAAGCACUUCUCACCACGGUCUUAUCCAAAUCCCAGCGCGCCGCCCAGGGGGCCGCCAGCAGCGUCACGUCGUGCCUGGGCCCCACGCCCCCCUAUGUCAUCUUCCCGGAGUUCCUGAAGAACGGCGACCCGAGUUCUUGGGUGAAAAACUCCACCACUCUGAUCAGUACAAUCCCGGGCACCUACGUGGGGGUGGCCAACCCGGUGCCCGCCUCUGUCCUGCUGAACAAGGACCCGAGCACGGGCCUGAGCCGAGAUGCGCAGCACUUGCCCCGGCAGGAGCCCAUUUCUGUCAUCGAUCAGGGGGACCCCAAGGGCGUCAGCCCUCCCUGCGGGAAGAAGACCGGCCAGCCCGGCCCCGAGGGCCAGCAGGGCACGGCCAAGCGCUACCUGCAGGCCCGGAUUGCCCCGGGGACCCCUCUGUGCCCGGCCAAGGAAGUCUCGGGAUGGAAUCCUCCCGGCCAAGGGAACUUCUAUUCCCGUUGCCCGGUCAACGGGAAGCCCUCCGGCACCCAGGCUUUGCCUGUGGGUUGGUCUCCAUAUCACCAGGCCUCCCUGUUCUCCAUCGGCAUCUCCAGCCCGGGGCAGCUCCCCUCAAAUCAGGGAGGGCCCCCCAAACCCUCGGGCGCCACGGGAGAUUUCCCCAGCGUGCCCCCGGCCAACGCCGGCGAGACGGCCCGCAGGAUCCCCGAGGGGCAGCUGAGGCCCAGCGGCUCCUUUCCCCGAGAGCAGGAUGUGGUCGCCAGGGGCAGGACCUGCAAGGCCACGGGAAAGGCCUGCGAAGAGCCGGUCAACCCCGUCUUGGGCCCGGGACCCCCGACGGGCAGCCCCGCCCCGCCCCUUCCUCCCGGCGGCGGUGGCGAGCCGAGAGGCCCGAAGGGGAAGGUGGAGAGCCCUUGCGGGGUGCAGGAGAGGGAGCAGCCGGCGGCAGGCAAUGCUUGCAAAGAGGGGGUUGCCCGGAACGCCCAAGGGGGCUGUGGCCUGAAGUCGGCGGGAGAUGCCAAGCCCCAAAACAAAGUGCUGGCAUCCUACCUGGCCCACAACCUGCCCCUGGCCACCCCGCAGGGCCUCCGCAAACUGCCCGAGUUGCCUUUGCUACCUCCGGACGGCUGCCCGAAGGACCUGCUUCUGGAUGUGCCCCGCGAGCAGCAGAGCGGCAAGAAGAGGCCUGCCGGUCCGCUCCCUCCCCAGUGCGGGAGCGAGAUAGACCUGGGCCGCGUGAAAAAGGAAAAGGUGGACGGGGACGGGGCGUUUGCCCCGACGGCCUGCCUCCGGGCCGACCGGUUCUCGGCCGCCCCGCCGAGAGGGCACGCCGAGGGCAGGACCAAGAGCCAGGCCCGGAUCAAGCAGGAGCCCGGUUUCCAGUGCAAGGGGAAGUGGCAGCCAGAGGAACUGAUCCAACCACCCCUGAAGAAAAUGAAAUGCAGCCGCGCCAGGGAUGGAGACGACGCCCCCAACGGGUCGGGACGAGGUCUUCACAGCCGCAAGUGGCGAAAACAUCAUGGUGACCUGCGUGAAUCGAGCAAGAAAUCCAGCCGGGCCGGGAUAGUUUCAGGGAAAGAACACAAUGGCGUGAAGGUCAAACACAAGCGGAAGAGACUGAUAAAGACAGAGCCUCCGUCCCCUGGCCGCCGAGACAGCCACGAAGAAGGCUACCUUGAGAAGAAAGCCAAAAACAAUUUCCGUGACUUUAUCCCAGUGGUGCUGAGCAGUCGGACACGCAGUCAGUCCGGAAGCAUCUGUAGUCCCUUUGCGAGCAUGACAGAGCAUGACAUGGCCAGCCAAGAGCUGUUCCCCAUGCUAGAGGAGCGAGAGGAAGAGGCCUCGAAGCGUCAGAAGCUCCGGAAGGCCCACCGGGCCUCCAGAUACCGAGGCCGCCGCCCCAGAGACCGGUCCUCCUCAGGAAGGGAUGGUCACCACCUGCGGAGAAGCCGUCCGCUGCCCUGGAGAGCGGAGGCCGCUCGGCAGCUGUGGGACCCCAACGAGGAGGAAGAAGAGGAGGAAGGGCAUGUCAAGAGGAAGAAGAGGAGGCGGCAAAAAAACCGGAAAUACCAGACCGGGGAGUACUUGACAGAAAGAGAGGAGGAAGAGCAUGUUUCUUUCUGCCAGAGCCGACGGAAAAUUCGAGGAGAUUUCAAGUUUCGGAAGCAGAAGGGCAUCCUGGAUUCUGAUCUACACCCGAAGAGCAGGCAUUCUUCAUCCUCCCGCAAGCCCCAGGAGAUCCCAGACUUCCCUAAUGGUUUCCUCGCUAAUCAUCCUGAAAAUUCAUCUUGCCACGAAGCUCUGGAAAAGCCAUCAGGAAAACGCAAGUGUAAGACCAAGCACCUGGCAGGAGUCGCUGAGGAGGAAAAGAUGAAAGGGCGGUGGAAUCAACUAAAGACACAUUCGCCCAAAUCCCCAUCUCCAGUGAAGCCAACAGACCGGUGGUCGCCGUACAAGUCCCGAGGGGUGGGGACAGAGAACUCCGCCGACUCCCCCGGCACUCGCCACGUCCCUCCGGAAGCCCGUCGGCUGAUUGUGAAUAAGAACGCUGGGGAGACUCUCUUGCAGCGGGCAGCCCGGCUUGGCUACAAGGAUGUGGUGCUGUAUUGCCUGCAGAAAGAGAGCCGGGACGUAAAUCAUCGGGACAACGCCGGCUACACGGCCCUGCACGAGGCAUGUGCCCGGGGCUGGACGGACAUCUUAAACAUUCUGCUGGAGCACGGCGCCAAUGUGAACUGCAGCGCCCAGGAUGGCACCAGGCCGGUCCAUGACGCGGUGGUUAAUGACAACCUGGAGACCAUCUGGCUCUUGCUCUCCUACGGCGCUGAUCCCACGCUGGCCACCUACUCAGGGCAGACGGCCAUGAAGCUCGCCAGCAGCGAGGUGAUGAAACGCUUCCUCAGUGAUCAUCUCUCUGACCUCCAGGGCCGGGCUGAAGGCGAUCCCCACGUGGCCUGGGACUUCUACAGCAGUUCCACACUGGAGGGGAAGGAUGGAAUCGGGUGUGACCUUCUUCUCAAUCCUCCGGGAAGCUCCGAUCAAGAGGACGAACAGGAUUCAGACAACUUCAUGUUCGAAUUCUCAGACAAGCCACUGCUCCCGUGUUAUAAUCUUCAGGUGUCAGUGUCUCGUGGGCCCUGCAACUGGUUCCUGUUCUCCGACAUCCUGAAGAGGCUGAAGCUUUCCUCGCGGAUAUUUCAGGCUCGUUUCCCGCACUUUGAAGUGGCCACCUUGCCCCAGACGGAGUUCCACCGCCAGGUGUCCUCCAGCCAGCUGCUGCCGUCGCCGCCCCGGGCCGGGGGGCCCCCGGAGGGCCUGGAGCCCAGCCCCCUGGGCAGCGCGGACACUGUGGAGCUGGUGAGGUCCGAACCAGAGCUGCUUCAGCUGCUGGGCUCAGAGGUUGAAUUUCAGGCCUGGAGCAGCUGACGGGAAAAGAACCCUCCAGGGCAGCGGACUGCAAUAUGAGGCAAUAAUACGGACCAACGAGAAGCAGCCUUAUCAGUGCCAGCGUUAGCGGCCGGGGGCUGGCAUCCGUUCGUUCUCCUCCCCGUCGGCACGGCGUUCGGUGAAGGGGGAGGCCGCGGGGCCCGUCUCUGAAGCCGCGAGGAGGCCCGGAGGGACGGCGAGCGGCGGGCCGGGGGCUCCGCCUCGGGGAUCGGUGGUCCCGCGGAGCUGGAACCGCUUCCCCCUGGCAGAGGCGACGGGCCCGCUGCCCCUCUUCCUCCUCCUCCUCCCCCUCCCCCUCCUCUCCCUCCUCUUCCUCCUCCUCCUCCAACCCAGACGGGCACAUAUCUCCUGAGAGUCUCUCUUGUUCACGGAGGGAUUUUGUGUGACCAAAUCCGGGACCCGGGAGACAGAAGAACCUUCAGGUGCAAUGGGCGCCUUCGGCCUGCCCCGCGGAAAUGCUCUUCGCUCUCGAUCCUCCCCCUCCCCACCCCCGUUGUCCUCAGUGUCUUCCAUAGUAUUUAUUUAAUUAGUAUUUAAUUUGUAUUGUUUCAUUUGUUUCGGAUAAGUCUGUAUCACUGUGAUCCGUUGAGACAUCAACUUGUACCAAGGUUCCUUUUCCCUUUUCCCCAGCCUCCCCUCCCUUUCGUCUUUUGAGAAGCACCAUUCGAGGGCCUCCUCCUCCCCGCCCUCCGCCCCGACCCCAUCUCACCAAGACCCAAAUUAUUCUUGCUUCCCCCACGGGCAGUUCUCAAGCCAGUCAGACAAUGUGAAUAAGAAGACCGAACGGGCAGGAGCAGCUUUCUCCACGGCCCGGGAGCUGAGAUUACGGUGCUCACCCCCGUCUUUCUCAUUUCUGCCCAACCCCGUCACCCUCCCCGCCACCCCCUUCCAGACACCCUCUCCCCUCCCCGUUCCCCCAUCCGGCAACCCCUCUCCCCCCAAGACCUGCUAUUUGUGGGCAGGGCUCCCUGACGGAGGACUGUGGUGAGGGGGGAGGGAACGAGGAAGCGGUCGCUAGUCCAGGAUUGGUCGUAGGGGCAGGACACCCCUUCCUUCCUGUCCUUCUUGGGUAGAGCAAAUUUAAUAUCAUCCCCCAUCUUCUCCCCUUCCGCCCCUCCUCAUCGUGCCCCGCCCCCCACCUAUAUGGCUGCUUCUUUCUCCGAACCUCCGUCGACCCCACUAUCCAGCCUGAGCCUGGGAGCCCCUCUAGAUGUAAAGUCCAAACUGCUUUAGAGCAGAAGAAAGUCGUCCGGGCUCCGGCUAAACCACAAAGGAAUACGAUCCCGGCACAGCCCUCUCCCCUCCGGGUCAGUGUUUAUUUGGAGACAGGAAAUGGGAGGAGCCCUCUCUGUUCUCUCCCCUCCUACCCCCAUGCAUUCUCUUUCACACACGUGCGCUUCUUACUUUUAUAUCAGAUGCUAUUUUUAAAAGCAAUCCUAUUAGAGCAGGCUGUCCAAGGGCAGGAGUGGACCGCCCGCCCGUGAGCGAGUCGGAGUCAGGGGGUCUCGGGUUGUAGAUGGUACAGUUUUAUUGUACAGGUGCUAAAAAAAACAAAACAAAAAAACCAAGCGUGAGGAUCGGACAAUCUGUUAUCUCCAGUUUCCAGUGCCCCAGGGUGGGAGCUUCGCUGAUGAUUUUUCUUUGUGUUGUGUUUAUUUCCCAGCCUAGCAGUUCUCUUCUCUCCUCUUGGACUUUCCUCUUUCUUGCACUGUCUGGAGCCACCUGGUUUUGGGCAGAUAUUUUUUCUUUCCUAUUUUAAUAUAUAAAACAAAGGAUUUUUUUUUUUGGUUUGGGUGUUUUGUUCUCCUUCUCUCCCCCCCCAUUUUUUUUUUUUUUUGCAUUCGGGUGUGUAUUCUGGCUGCUGUUUCUGUUUUAUUAUAAGCAACAGGCUGUGGUGUCAAAAACACUUAUGUAUAGAAAAACCUGCAUCAGGGCUCCUGUCUCCUGUCUCUCCUUUCACUCUCUGCCUUGGGGUUUUGCGGAAUAUCUAUCUGCAGUGGGGCUGGACCCAGGACCUCUUGAUUCGACCCAGACAUGGUUGGUUUCAGUUUAGGAUGUGGUAGAAAUAGGUUGGGAGCAGAGGAAGGUGUUGUCCUAGAUCUCUCCAGAAAAAGCUGUGUUUUGGGUGGGAAUUGUGGAAAAAGGAGUGCUGGGUUCGGGGGGAGCUUGGAGAAGGUGGGUUGCUCCUCUGACUUGCCCACCACAGCUCGGUUGUUGGUGAGUAGCGUCCGGUUGAUGGUGGCCAGAGGGCACAGAGCAGUCUCCUCCUUCCCCAGUCUGCAGGGAAGAGGGAAUGGUGAUCCUGCGCCUAAGAGGAUGGGAAUGGGGAGAAGUGACCCGGCCCCUGCUCCUCUGGAUGAUUUCUCUGGCUCGUGGUCAUGGCCACUUGCCCCGCCUGGGUUCUGGGAGGGCCUUUCUGCGGGAGGUGUGUCCUCUGGGGCUGGUCAGCCUCUAAGCAGGCGACGGCCUCGCUCUCCCUGAAUCCGCUUAGCCAUUCCUGGCCCGCCCACAUUCCCUGCACGGAACCCCUGCCUGUUGCCAAGAUCCUUGCUAUUGUAGUACAGGGUGGUGCCAGCGAAGGCUUUCCUCACCACGUUGGUUUCCCAGGGUCCACGGUGGGGGACGGGGGUGCUCCCUCCACCCCUGCCUCCCACAGCUCCUGGGGGCCACCGACCCACCUGCCCGGCUCUCCCUCCUCCGGAGUCGCCUCUCCAGGCCCCCACGGCUCCUGAGCAGAGGAGAGACAGGGGUAGGGCUCCCAAGGGGAAGGGUGGCAGCAGCGUAGAGGAGGUGGGAGGUGCUAAGACCUCGUCCAGUUGAAGCACUGCAGAAAAUGUAGCCUCCCCGGCACCGGGCCGUGGGCACCGAGACUGUGUGCCCGCGAGUGGCUCCUCUGCCUGGAGCAGGGGACCUCGGGCACAUUCGGAGGCCUCUCUCUGUCUCCACCGGACAUUGCCACAACUCGGGGGGAGUUUAAGGAUCCGCUCUUCGGCGCAUUCGCCCUUGGAACGCGCUUGGCUCAGAGACAAGGACCGGACCCGUCAUCGAGGAGUGGAAUCUGUGAACGAGACUGUACCUGUGCUGGCCAGUUGGGAAAAGGGUAACCCCCGAAGCCCGGAAGGGGAGGGUGACAGUUGGAAGCGGGUGAAUUUUGGUGUCCGGCGCUCAACUCGGCGGCAGGAUCGUUCCCGAGGGAAGGGAUCCUGGGAGUACCGGGGGUGGGGACGGUUCACGUCCAGGUACUUCUCUCCUACCCGGCCCGCAUUGUGGAAGCCAUCACGCCCACCCUGCGGACAGGCCCUGCGGACAGGUACCCGCCGCCCCAGAGAAUCAAGCUCCUCACCGUUUCUCAGAAUCCUCAUUGCUUGCCUGAGCCCUGUCUUCAUCUCCCUGGGCCCCAAAACGCUUCAGUCUCAACCCCUAGCUUCCUCCGUGGUAAAGGGAGGACGUUUGUUUCUCCGUAAGGCAACGCAUACCCUUCUUUGAAAUCGCCAUCCAAUGGGAUCCCCAAAGCCGGAGCCCCUCACCACUCUCCACUCCUCCUUCUCUCCCCCCGUCCCUCGUCCUUCGGCAGGGCUGCAAGGAAAGUUCUAGAGCUGUGCUUUACAUUCUAGAGAGUGUCAUCUCUGCUCUCCCCCAGCUUGUUUUAAAGGGAUUUCUACAGCACUUUAGCUACCAGCAAGUGCUUUUACACUCGAUUCCGGAGAUGUUUGUAACUUGGCCUUGUCACUAUUAAAAAAUCUGUCACAGA